ACUUUUUUAUGCGCGCAGCGCUCUUGUUUUCUUUUGCCCUCUCCCGUAUGCGAGCCGCCCUCUCCCAAAAAGAAUGGGCGAGUAGGAGAGGGAGGGGGGGCCAGCCAGUCAGGUGACCCGGAUCGAGCGCUCCGGUUGGAGGAACGCCGCGCCUAACACACUUUUUUUCCGUCGGCUAAAAAUUUCUCGGGGAAGGAAGGCCCGCAGACGAGACGCCGGCACUCCCGCGAGCUGGGAUAGGAAAACAUUUUUCCGUGCCGCCGCUGCCGCCAUCUUGGAGCGGCGCCCGUUGGCGAGGUCGUCGUCGCCGUCGCCGCAUCUGCUGCACGACGCGGGAGCUUUGUUUUCGGACGUCGCCGGGCCGCUCCCGCCUUCCAACACGCGCCUGCUGCUGCUGACCCGCCGAGGAGAAAAACGUCCAGUACCAGGGGAACCGGAGGAUGGCCGAGCAUUGUGCCAACAACGACCCAAUGUCCGGCGGUGCAGGCGCUGCGGCUGGCGACAGUCCCGGCCUGUGCGUGAGCCAGAAGAUCCACUGGCCACACAACGUCACCUGCUACCUGGUCAAGUUCUACCGCCAGACGCCCUGCCUGUGGGACCACUCGCACCGCGACUACAGCGACAAGAUGGCCAAGGAGCGAGCUCUGCAGCAAUUCUCGAACGAGACCGGCUACCCCGUCGAAGCGGUACGAAAAAAACUCAUCAACCUACGCAACCAGUUCACAAACGAGUGGCAGAAGAUGGACCGCAGCAGCAACUCGGCAAAACCGUACCGCACCAAGUGGGCCUUCUACAAGUCUCUCACCUUCCUCAAGGACGUCGUACUGCCACGAAAGCCCAGAAACGCCUUGCACCACGAGGGCGUACACUUGAGGAUGCCUCCGAUGGGCGUGCAAGCUUUCGACACGCGCUCGAUGGACAUGAGCACGAGCUUCGGAUUCGCCCGGGAGCGGCGGCUCCACGAUGCCCAGCAGUUCCACCACGACGGACUGCGACUCGACAAUUCUCCGCAGAACCACCAGAACCACAGGGCGGUGCAAAGCAACAACGACGACUCGUCGCACCUCGACGGAGCCGCCGGGGCACCGGCGCUGCUGGACGGCUUGCAGCACCAGGAGGCUCACCGAGACGGCUCUUCGCACCAGACGCCGCCGCAGCAGCAGCCUCAGGACCAGGACGUGACAGUGAUCGGGGCGGGUGCCGACGUGGACGACCUGGAGCUGUCGCAGUCCAGCAACUCUCUGGUGCUCUCGCCCGAAGUAACGCUCGAGGAGCCGUCUUCGAGCGAGAGGAGGAUCCUUCCGGCGGAGGAUGACGGCUUCCAUCAAGAAAUACGGCAAACGUACACGUUUCCUGGGGAGCGCUACGGCGACAUCCAGAGGGGCGACCACGUGGACGCGUUCACGUGCUACAUCGGCACCGAGCUGCGACGCAUUCCGGACGAGGAGACCGUGGGCCAGCUGAAGCUGCAGAUCCUCAAGCUCAUCUUCAACGCGCAGGCGACCACCGCCGCCUACCAAGGCAGCGCGCAUGCGCAGCAGUGAUGGCGCGCUCCCGUCAACGACCAAAUACUGCCAACGACUGCGGCCGACGCGCGUAGCACGCAGUGCGGUCAAGUGUCGCGGGGCAACACUGCAGUAACAUGCAAUUCGGGCCGUUCAGUAUGAAAUUAGCUGUUCCCUGUCACACCGGACCGAACCGUGUUCGGCCGUAUUACGCGCACCUAUAGUGAGAGAAGGGAACAAGACUAUAGUGAUUGACGAACAAGACAGCAGUGAUUACUUAACGAACAAGACCUAAGCGCCUUCCGCGUGCUUUCGCGUCUCGUAUAGAACUGCGGCCCAGCGGCUGCGUCAAGCCCAAUGUGGCAGACUGCGAAUAAGUCGUUCGCGCUUGCAAGCGUUUUAUAAUUAUUCCUCUGCGGAAUACCGAUCGUCACGCCGUAUUUAUUAUAUUGCGCGCUAUAGGCGUGGCUCCCUUUAACCCGUGACAAGAUGCAACGAUUUACAGGAGACAAGUACUUCCCCGGAGAAGAGCUUCGUUUUACAAGUGUAGCAUACAACCUCGCUGACACAAUAUGCACCAUUAUUAUCAACGGCGCGGUGCGUCGACGAUGCGCCUAUUUAGCGCGAUAUGCAUCAGUCUCCUUGCAAGUACGAGACGGUGUACAGACUUAUUACAACACCAUCAAAGUAUAUGGUCACUUAACUUUCAACGAAAAAUGCUGCUUCGGCACUUCCGUAAGCACUGCGGUCGUGUCAUCGUAUCUAUGCACAAGCAGGAAUGCCGCGUGACGGCAAACGGUGUAUACAACGUGUUAUCGCUGAGCGAAAAUUUAUUUAAACUGUUGGCUUUUGCGUAAGUUCUUUGCCCAACUUUUGCCGUCAAACAGACUCAGAAAGAGACAGGCAGUGCAUAUGCGUGCACGUACACUGCUUUGUUUUUCCCCCUAUGCCGCCUUAAAAAAAAAUGGCGUAGAGGCACAGCUGGGCUUAGUUCAGUCGGACCAGGUUCAAGGCGCAAAGCUUUUGCCGUACAUUCGAGUUCACGGAGAGACUAUGCAUAGCUAAUGACACCGUAAGCCGCUGCGGAUUUGAUUUUAGUGUCAAAGUAAAAGCGGAUGUGCGCAGAAUGUACGCCUGUAUUCACUCUGCAUCUGGAAGACAAGAAGCAUUACAGAUAGUUGAGCUAGUUAGUCAUCCAUUACUUAUAUUUACAGCAGUGCACUCGUUAAUUAGUAAAGCAACAAAUGAGAAGCCUACACUGGUAUAAAGAGAGAGCUGCCGGCGUACUGAUGAGCGCUCUUAUGCAAUUUAUCUGCGUACGCCCGUGUCUUACAGAUGCGUGAGGUGUCACGUGUAGACGGUAUAUAUCUAUAUACACUAUAUGAAAUACAUGCAAGGUCACAAGACGAACGUCACAUAUUUCCAUGUAUUACUGUCGAAUCACUCGCGACGAGGCUCCAGUCACGUAAGCGAGCAGCCAAACGAAGACGGCUCUUCCGGUGCCCACGCUCCAACGAAUGUGUGUGUGUGAAUGUGUACACGCGUCGCGUGAACUGUCGUCGGUUUAUGAAUAAACGUACGCACGGAUGUGAUGA